UCCCUUGCGCCGCUCUUCUUCCUCGUAUUAUUUCUGCCAUGCUGCUCGUUGUCUUUUGAUCUCUCGAAGCAUCUCUUCACGUAUUCGUGCAUAAUCUAGAACGCAUCUCGUCCCCACUCCUCCGUCGCUCGUUUAAGAUUCAUCUAUUUACCUCCCACCUCGAAAUGUUUGCUUCAUCCAAUACGAAGCCUAAGCAUUGGCCGCAAACAACCUGUACACGUGCUUUCUUCAUCGCUGCCAUUGUGCAAGCGACCGUCGUGACAGUACUCGAGAGUUACAUCUUCGCCAAAUGGCAAACUUUCCUCCGCCCAAACGCAAUCCAGGUCCCUGCCUCACGCACAAUACCCACGUUUCUCACCCUCCUCGUCUUUGCCUCGCUCUACUCUCUAGUCUUCAUCUACGAUGGCCUCCGUCGUCGCAGCUCCAUUCAAAUCAGCAUCUCCUGCAUCCUUAACAUCGGACUGAUCGUCUACACUGCUAUCCAGCCUGAGAAGAUCCACACCAGCAUCCGAAGUAUCGAAGGGUCACGAGAUGCGUUGAGGCAGCCGCUCGUGGAUCUGAGUAUGGAUAUGUGGGGCGAUGUGAAGAUUGUGUUGAUUGUGUUACCGGUCGUGGUGGGUGUUUUGACUGUGAUUAUGGGGGCCUUGGCGUGGAAGAUUCAUGGAGAGUUUGAGUGGGAGGUUUACAGGGCUAUUGCGGGGGACUCGGGGAUGAAGAGGAGGUUCCUUGCUUAUCAGAUUUACAUUCUGUUGCUGAAGGUCGAUUUCUUCUUCAUCAUUGGGUACAUCGCCCAGCUUGCAGCGCAGGUCCUGGUCGUGGGAAGCGUAGAGUUCAUUGCUACGCUUUGCGCAGUGCCGCUCAUUAUCGCGGUACUGAUCCUGUCACACUUCUGGACUACACGAGAGAAUAGAGCAGGAACGAUCAUCACUACCAUAAUGCUUUGCGCCUCUCUCGGCUAUUUCGUAUUUAAGAUGAUUGUCAUGUACACCUGGAAAGAUGUCCAUUACAUGUACGAAACCGGUUUCACGAUGUUGACUCUAUUUGCUUGUUUGAGUGCUGUUCUGCUCUUCUUCACGGUUGUGAAUUCGGUGGUUUGUUUCUGUAAUUUUGGAAAAGGGUUGAAGCCAUAUUUGAUCCCGAAUGAGAAGGAAGAGAGCUUGUUAUCUUAUGAGCCAAGCAUGUUGGCGUAUAAUCCUCCAGUUGUCAGGCGGCUGUCUCUAGAUUAGGUCAUAAUUGUAGUUAAAUGCG